CACUCCUUCUGUCGGAAGUAUAUCCUUCUUAAUUUUCAAAAUCUCCCAAACGCUCGACCUUUUUUCUGGGUUUCUUAUUCUUUGUUUUUUUUUGUUUUUUUUUUUCCUUCAAAACCCAGCAAGAGGACAACGAUUUUCGUUGUAGGAAGAAGGAAGUUUUAACCAAAUAUAGAGUUUGCGGCGCUUCAGAAUCUCCCCAUAUCAUAAGGUCAAGGUUUCGGUUCCAGUAAUCGAAGCCGUUCAAGUUCAAAUACAUGGAGAUUAGCGGAGGAACAGAGGGCUUGAAUCGCGUUCCUUUAUCAGAAGUUGUUUCUGAUUGCGUCAAAAGAUGGUUUAAGGACACUUUGAAGGAAGCCAAAGCUGGCGAUAUCAACAUGCAGGUCUUGGUGGGUCAAAUGUAUUAUAGCGGUUAUGGGGUUCCUCGAGAUGCUCAGAAGGGAAGAAUUUGGAUGACAAAAGCAUCAAGAAGUCGAUCGUCGGUCUGGAAAGUUAGUGAUAAACAUCCAGGCUAUAAUGCUAGUGAUUCAGAUUCAGAUGAAUUGACUCGUGAUUCUUAACUACACCAGUGUUGCUGAUUUCUCGAUGUCAUGUCAAAACAACCACUGGAUGUGGUUUUCACUGUGGAAACUCUACUUGCUCAGCUAUCUUUGUAGCUCUACGCAUACUUGCUUCCUGAUUGUUGGAUUUGAAGGAUGUAAUAUGCUUUGAUUUUACCUUUACUCUUCAAGCAAUUUCUCGCACUUUCUUGUGGUCAAAUUACCUAAAUCUUAUAUUCAUUUUUCAUUUUCUAUCUAGGUUUCCACUUUUUAUUGUC